AUGCUGGACAGCACCUCCGCCGUUAGUGGCUUCCGUGUAAGGCGAAUUGGCAUCAACGAUUCCGUCUGGCUUGUGACGUGCCCUGCCAACCCGGAGGGCUGGAUGAUCAAGAAGGUCCCAGCGCGCCGGCGAUACUCGGGCGUGCCGACGGACGUAGAAAACUGUGAUGCGUUGAUCCGCAAAUUCCCGGGCAUUGUUGACGAUCAGAGGUUGGCCUUUCCCCACAGCGUGGUGGCAAUCCACUCGCUGUCUGCUCCGUGGAGCAGUCAGGCCGGCGAUCAUGUUGCAGACCUUCUGGUGUCUCGACGAGCUCCCGGCGACCAGCUAGGUGUGUACCUGGCAGAGCUGGACUUAACGAAGUCCCAGGACCAAACCACCCUCGAGGAAGUCUGUGCAGGAGUCGGCGAGAUGCUGGCAGACUUCCACGCCCGCUACGCUGACCCGGUCACUGGCGAGGCCACGUACCACACGGACUUCCACCCGAGCAACGUCCUCUACGAGAAGAAUACUGGUACCCUCAGUAUCGUAGACUUGACGGGUAUGGGGAACCCCGGCAGCGGCGAUGACGUCCAGAAGUUCGAGAGGCUUAUUUUCGGAAUGGCCGGCGAGCGCUAUGCCUUGGCAUUCCGACACCGGUAUCUUGCUAUGGCCAAGACCAACGUCUGCAAGACAGAUAGAAGUAGCAGCAAGUCGACUGUGGCGAGCAGCACAGACGCGCUGUGGGCUGUGCCUUCCUUUCAUUUGCCCGCCCCACCAACACGGACGGGAAGUUUCAAGUCGCUUUCCUCGCUGGCGGUUCCCGAGUCCGGCUUCAAUCCGGACAAACAUCUCACAACCCUCGCCUUCAUGCUGUCCCCCGCGCGCGUGUGCGAGCCGCAGCUGAUCCCCCUCUCCUCGAGAGCCAAGGCUUGGGUUCUGCGCCAGGGCAGCGCGAAUGAGUGCUGGGUCAUUCAGCAGGCAAGCCCAGUCUUCGCGGAACGUUGUGAGGAGUUCGUCCGGCAGCGUGGCCCUCGAGGGAUUGACUGA